AUGCAGACGACAAAGCUUUCUAAAAAGCUUGCAUCUAGGAUUGAUGGUAUGGUGAGGGACUUCUGGUGGGGCUGUGGACAAGGUAAUAGAGGCAUCUGUCUUAAAGCUUGGGACCAGUUGUGCCUUCCCAAGUCCUGUGGGGGGCUUGGCUUUAGAAAGACUGUGGAGAUGAACCAGGCAUUGCUGGCCAAGUGGGGUUGGGCUCUGCUUACUGAGGAAAAGUCGCCGUGCUGUAAUGUUCUCAGAUCUAAAUACCUUAAGGGUAAACAGUUUUUUGACUGUGAGGUUAAGAGCUCUGAUUCUUGGUUUUGGAGAAAUGUGCGGGGCUUAGAGAAAGUGUCGGAUCUACUUCUACCUGACGGAAAUUGGGACACACCCAAGCUCCACAACCUUUUUGACCAGGAAACUGUUAGUAACAUCUUAAGAGGCGGUAUUCCGAGUGGCCAGGGAAGGGAUAGAUGGGUCUAG